GAUUUAGAAUCUCGGAAUGAGUAAGAACCACAGAGGAACGUUUGCGUGGGUUGCAAAGACAGACCACAAGAAGAGCUCGGUGUGUUAUUUUCGUUCUAUUCUUACAAUUCCUCCGGAUACGACCUUGGACGUAGCACAACAGUGUUCUCCUGUGCAAGGAAAGGCACAUAUUAUUAUUUUUUCAUUUAGAUGACGGGAGAGUUCGCCUGGUUUUAGUAAGACCGAUAACUUCAUGGCUUUGGUAGCUAAUGAUCGCAGUUGCAAAGUGAACGGCUUGAACAGUUGCAAAACUGGUACCAAAAAAGAAAGGAUACUGAGUAAGACGGCCGGUUGUAAGAUAAACAUGCAGCCAAAAGAAGCGGAGUUUACCAUCGAGGGUUUGCCGAAAGCAUUUUUACAAAGUUUGAGAACUCUUUUUGACAUCCUCGAUGAUGGGACGCGAGGGUACGUGCACAUAUCAGAAAUUGAAAGUCGGUGGCAGGGCGCAGAGACGCAGGGUUUACCCGCCGGUGUGCUGGAGUGCUUGAGACGGGUUACCCCAUCGCACGGCUGCUUGACAUUCGAGCGCUUCGUGGCGGGGCUUCGGAACUCCAUGCUCAAUCCAGAAAAUGGUAACAUCAAUCUUCAGCCUUCUACACAGUCGUCAUAUUCAACUGGACCGAAGUCGCAGUCCCAGAUAAACACUCAUAAAACUGGUGCAUCCAUGGGGUCUCGGAGCUAUGAGAGCAAAGUUCGGCCACUUGGACCAAGCAAUAUGACCAAUAUGCACCAUAACCGUGCGUCCUCUCUCCAAAGCAGACAAAGGUACCCCGAAGACAUAUACACUACUUCUAGCAAACAAGGGGAACAAACCCAUUUCACAUCGGCCCCUGCCGCUCAACGGUACGGGACUACCGGCUAUGAGAGAACCGGCAGGAGUUUGGAGAGGAUUCCCGUCGUCCCAGAAAGCGGCACGUAUCGGACCGAGUCAGUUCGAGUUGGUAAAAAGGCACAUCAUCAAAACCGAAUGCGUUCUAUUGAAUCAUUGGCACUCGAAUCGCCACAGCUCCAAACACAAGGCCCUGUGGAGACUGCUGGUCUCCCCCGAUCGCAGAGUGAGACGACCACAGGCUUCAGUGGCUCCAGACGCCACUGCCGAAGCCGCGAUGAACAGAGGAGGCACACCAUCACUAAUGGAGUCGAUUAUGGAAUGCUGAAGCAGAUGAAGGAACUGGAGCAGGAGAAGGACUCUCUGUUGGCAGGGCUGGAGGUGGUGGAACGCGCCCGCGAGUGGUACCAGGCUCAGAUCCACAGCGUCACCGAGAGACAGAGACUGGUCGGCCAAAGCAGCCUCUGCACGGAUUUCUUGACAGAAUCCAGUCAAAGUCGAAUGAAUGUCCUCCUUCCCAAACUACAGGAAGUCAACCGCUGCCUUAAUGACCUCUUAUCCUGCUCGGGAAUGCAGCAGUCCUUCUCCCCCACUGCACAGCCCCCCACCAUCUCCCCCAGUGCCCAGUCCUCUGCCACAGCUGCCCCACAGGCAGUCCAGAGACUGAAGGACCAGAACCGGCUCCUCACACAGGAGGUAACUGAGAAGAGCGAGCGCAUCACCCAGCUGGAGCAGGAGAAGUCAGCCCUCAUCAAGCAGCUCUUCGAGGCCCGCGCCAGAAGCACCCACGACAGUAGCACCAUGGACUCCACCUUCAUCUGAGAUCCCCAGCGACUUACCACGACCACGACCACAUUCAUCCCUCAAGCCAAGGCAUGCCUCGGGCACAGACGGCUGGCAACAGUACGCAAUUAAAGAAAACUCUCGGUGGUUCGGACAGUCACCUGGAUUCUAUCAGUUUACAACCACUUCAUGCAAGACCGUUAACCUGGACUUUGUUGCUGUCUGAACCAUCUGAGUAAACAAACUGACACAGCUAAGGAAUCCUAGCUAAAUCAGCGGAGCUGUGUGAUUUGAUUCUCCAUCAUGAUGUGACUUUGAUAAUCAGGCUCUACUUAAAAGUUCACUCCACGGUUCUCCUUGUCCAAUGAGUAAUAAUUAAAAAAAAGAUCACAUGAACGUGGAGGCAGAUGCUAAGGAUAUGCAGAACCUAGGAUGGGUUCAACCAUUACGUCAUCACAUCAAGUUGGCCAGGACCCUACAGCCUUUAUCAUUUUCCUUCAACCAUAUGGGGUUUUGAGACCUUUUCUUUGCAUUGAGCUCUUUCUAAAGAUUCAUUUUCUGCACACUAGUCACCGAAAGACACUGUAGAGGCAGCUCUCUCUCUCUCUCUAGGGAAGAGUUUUGGGAUGGAUGGAGGAAGAUUUCUUGGGCAAUCAGUCCAAUCAGCUUGUGAGUUUGUUUUGAGUGAGCAGGUUUUUGCAGGACUGGUUGUAAGUGUGUAGUGGAUUUGUUGUUAAAUGUUGCGUAGUGUGUUAAGAGAGGUUUCAGAGAAUAGGCAUACUGAUGAUCCAGACAUCCAAGUGUACCAAAAAAACAUCAAACGCAUUCCCCAGUAUUUGUUAAGGACCAUAUUGAUAAACUGUUAGGGGGUUGAAUCCACAUUUUUUUUUUUAUUAUUGGUUGCUCUUGCCAAUGAAAUGAGACAUAGUUUAGACACGAUUUGCCAACUUGUAAUGAUAUCGUAGGCGUGAGACAAAUACUCAGUUUUGACGUUUAAGUUCGACCAAACCCUAUCAUGCCAAGGAUGUAGCUGGACCAAGGGAAGGAGAAGAGUUACCUUGAGGAGGAGACUUUAGAGAAGGUGAAAUGGAGCUCACUGAAUGUAUUCUGAUGGGAUCGGUGAAGACUGCUAAUGCGAGAGAAGGGAACAGAGUCAGUCCUCGAUGGAUGGAGUACAGUUCAGUAACAACAAAAUGACAAAAAAAAGUGCAGAGGUCUUUGAUUAUAACCCAUAUAAAUAUUGAUAUCUAAAGGCCAUUGUUAUGGCAUCCAUCCUAAGUGUAAUCCAGAAGCUUACAGGCCACAGCCAGCCUCAUUGUUUUCCUGCUGUAUUUUGGCUGCUAUCAGUGGCUCCUCCUGUUUGUAAUGGUUUCUAGUGCAGAUGAAGCGCUGCUUUCCCUGUUCCUGUUGCGGGUGGUCCUAGAGCUGUUCACUCCUAUGGACUCUGCUAUGGUGUCCUCUUAGGCACUCUCUCUCUCAUUCAUGUCCUUCUCUCUCUUGAUUCCACUUCUCUCUCUGUCUUUCUGUUCAGUCUCUACCUAAGUCUACCUCUUUUUUGCCAUCUUUCUCUUUUCAGUUUCAGCUGGUCCUCUCGGUUGUGCAAAUAAAUGCAGGUGUGUUCCUUUGCCGAGCACAUCUGGCCAUUUCCUCUCGUAUGAAAACGCAAGGCUUGAUCAUCAGCAUGACAGAUUCUUCGGUAGAAAGACCUUCUGCCUGGAGUUUUGUAUUAAGGAACGUGUUUUAUGGAGGUUAUUGCUGUUGUGCCUUUGAACAAGACGGUCAACCUAACUCACUUCAGCCACCGUGAAGCAGUAAGCAUGCGCUUCAUGUCAUGGGAAGGAACAUCUCAAAGAGGUGUGUGUAGGGGGUGUAUUCCUAUCUGUAUUUUAAAGGUGCAGUAUGUAGUAUUUGGUGACAAACUAUACAAAUGCUUCUUUAUUAUGUAACUCCAAAGGCAUAACUAAAACUAAUUGUUAUGAUAUUAUUCCAGCACAUUUCACUCCUGUAGUUUUACUUGCAAAAAUGUAAACAAAUUUAAAAACAAAUGCAGGGUAAAAUGUCCUUUCACAAUAGCUUUUACUGGUUACAGUAAAGAGAGGUAUUUCUAUUUUUGAACUAUUACUACAAGAUAAACUGUUAAUAUGUUUGUGUAUGCGGGAGACUAAAAAAACAGGGUAUAUGACCUUCAAAUCAAGAGCCGAUGAAUGUGUGUUGAAUAUAACUUCAUAUUUCCCAUGUUUUAAUUUUGCUUUUGAAUGCCAGUUUACAAAACAUGAUCUCCUUAUGUUUACUGGAUAUAUUACACAUAAAUAUAGUCCUAAACUUAUAGUUAAUAUGUAAGUAUAGCCUAUUUUGCUUUCGGCCCACCACAUAAAUCACAACAUUCAUCCCGUAAGGCCUUAUUCUGGGCUCGGUUCUUGAUGGAACCCUCCAACUAAAGAUAAGAACUUUGGAAAGAAUGAGAGAAUGGAACUAGUGAUGUGUGUUCCAGCAUCCUUUCAAGUUUUGUCUGUGGAUGACUAAAAGAGACUUCCUGAAGGUAGGUUCAAAGGUAGCCGAUUGAAAUUAAGUUUGAUUUUAUUGAUUUAUAUGAAUUUAUACUCAUUGGCAUCACCAUGUUUUAUGUCAAUAUAUUAGAGAAAAUCUGGUUUAAUGUUUUUUUUUUCACGCUUCUCGUUCUUAGAGAUGUGUACGAAUGAGGAUCAGUGUGCGAGUUUAUGUGUGGAUGAUUGUGUGUGUGUGUGUGUGUGUUGUGGAGAGGCAGAACUUCACUGGUUUGUUGCCUGGGUAAAGUUACAUGAAAGAAUCUUCCUCCUUCCUCCUCUCUUCUCUUGUAAAAAUGCUUUUGCUUGCUUUUGAGUGUAAAUAACAUUAAAACAUUGUAUAGCACUAAGAAACUCA